GAUUUCGGAACGGAACUUCCCUCCUGUCUGAAAAACCAAAACAAAAACAAAUCAACGACACACGACACACGUCUCUAGGAUAUGUAAACAGUGGCCGAGGUCUCAGUUACGUGGAGCCAGAUAGAAGUCUAGCCUUGAACUCAAAAUAUUGAACGAAACAGACGUAUGAUGAUCAAUGCUUGCUGCGUAUUAUGUUGACAGCUAAAAUUGAAACGCAAACCUACAGUACUAACCGAUACCGGCUCGUGAGUGACACAGCUUGCAAGGCGUGAGGUCAAGUAUUGGACGAAACGAGAACUGUUUACCUCUAUAUUCGACUUAUGACACAACUUGCAACUCUGCAGUUGUCAGUCUGAUCUCGAGUCUGACGACAUGGAGUCGAUAACAAAGGCCGAUGUCCAAGGUAGCAUGUCGCUGACUGUUAAUGGAGUUGUGUAUAAAGGCUAUCGCCCUAUCCUUGAUGCCAUGAAGUCUUUUGCAGUAGACACACCAGGGGAUGUCCUUGACAUUGAAGAACUUACGGCUAAGACUUGUCCCAGCUCUGGCCAAGCUUGUCGUGGUCAGUGCAGAGUGGACAGAGGGGUCAUGACCUACCAGAACGGUGUGGACGCGUCGUUGUCGUGGUUGUCACCCCAGAGCCUGGAUGAUCUCCUGUCAGUCCUGGCAAAAAGUGCAAAGACAAACUAUAGACUGGUCGUGGGGAACACAGGCUUUGGUGUGUAUGAGGAGCUCGGAGCCUGGAACUACCAGACCUUGGUGGACAUCAGAGGAAUCAAAGAGCUCUAUAUUGUGGAUGUUUCCCCAGCCAGUCAUGUGACUCUUGGUGCUAACCUGACUAUCGCAGACCUGAUAGCUAAGCUGGACGGAGACCUCAGUGACCUGGCGUAUGCCGACACCUUCAGGAGACAUUUGAAGCUUGUUGCCUCAAAUACUAUCAGAAAUGUUGGGUCUUGGGCAGGAAACAUCAUGGUCAAGCAUGCUUAUCCCAACUUUGCAUCUGAUGUCUUCACCUUGUUAGAGACAGUAGAAGCCAGACUCAACAUUGUAAGUCAUAAAGCACGUGAACAAGUGUCUCUCUCAGAGUUCAUGACCUCCGACAUGGUUGGGAAGGUCAUUGUGUCUGUGCAGCUUCCCAAGUACCCAGAGCAGACGCGACAGAUCCGAAGCCUGCGCACCUCACAAAGAUUACAGGCAUGUGAGGCAAGUGUUGUGAGUGGCUUUAACUUCCCUGUGAAGGAUGAUGGGACUUGUCUCCUUGUUGCCCAGCCUAUCAUAGCCCUGCAGCUCAAGGGAAACCCAUUGAUUCGCUGCAAGAAGUCUGAGCAGUUCCUGACAGGCAAAGCAUUGUCAGAUGCUGCAGUGUUCAAAGAAGCUGUUAAAAUCUUAUCUGAGGAGGUUGUUAGCGGUGCAAAAGUGUCUGAUAAUCAAGACUUUCUUACAUCACUGGCAGUCAGUCACUUUUACAAGUUUGUGCUGAGUGCAUGCAAGACGCGGCUGCCAGAUCAACUUGUAAGUGGAGGCAGUGACCUUGAGCGAGAUGUAAUGUCAGGCACUCAGGACCUCGGAACUCAGAACCCAGAGAAUUUUCCGGCUUCUUCGGCAGUCAUGAAGUUGACAGCUCCCUCUCUAGGUAUCCCAGGAGUGGUGGCAUUCCUGCAGGCGUCAGACAUCCCUGGGGUGAACAACUGGAGACCCAAGGGAUGGUACGGGCCAGGGGAAGUCCAGGAGUUGCUUUGUUCUGGUCAAGUCCUGUAUGCUGGACAGCCACUAGGCGUUGUUGUAGCUGACAAUGAAGUUACUGCCAGACAAGCGUCAUCACAGGUCAAGGUCACAUACAAGAACAUUGAGCCUGCGGUAACAGAUCUCAAGGUGGCCAUUGCAAAGCAGAGGUUUCACACUGAGCCGAGAACUUUCUCAGCAGGGGAUGUCAAAGCUGCUUUGGCGUCGGCUGCGAAUGUUGUCAGUGGCAGGGUUCACACCGGCGACCAGUAUCACUUUCACCUGGAGAACCAGGUCGCAGUUUGCUCCCUUGAGGACACGGGAGGCAUGAAGGUCAAGGCCUCCUCACAGUUUCUGGACUUCACACAAGGCUCAGUGGCUCAGGUGCUGGGAAUGACAGAUUCAGAUGUAACAGUAGAAGUGACUCGGCUCGGAGGUGGCUUUGGAGGGAAAAUGUAUUACUCCUCCCAAGUGGCUGGGCUGUGUGCCCUGGCUGCUCACAAGACCAAAGCACCUACUAAAAUGACCUUGGACCUCAACACCAAUAUGCAGAUGCAGGGUUCAAGGACAGCCUACCGCUUUGACUAUGAGGUUGCUUUCGAUGACUGCGGCAAACUUUUGGCAGUGGACUUGACCUGCUACUCGGACUCCGGGGCUGUUUUCCUUCCUAUAGAUGCCAAUGAGGCUCUGGAGUGGUUUGUAGACAAUUGCUAUCUGUGCCCCAACUGGUCGGUGAAGGCUUUCUCAUGUCACACUGACAGACCACCCAGUACAGCCUGCAGGGCUCCUGGUUCAGCACAAGCCAUCUUUGCCAUGGAAUCCAUCAUUGACCACGUGGCUUCAUUCCUAGGCUUGGAGCAUUUGGCUGUGAGAAAACUGAACCUAUUUUCAGAAGGGGAGAAAACUAUGAAGGGAGUUGUACUGGAGAGCUGUCUCAUCCGUGAUGUUGUAUCCCAGAUGGAGGAAGAGAUGGCUUAUGCUGAGAGGCAACGGGCGGUGCAGGAAUUUAAUGCGAGACACCGGUGGAAGAAGCGUGGCCUUCACCUGAUGCCCAGCAUGUACUCCAUGGUGUGCUGCGAGAUGCUGUGUCUCAACACGACAGUGUCCAUCUGUCACGGCGACGGUAGUGUGGUGGUCACUCAUGGCGGGGUGGACAUGGGUCAAGGGAUCAAUACAAAGGGAGUUAUAAAAUGUUGCGAGGAAUUAACGGAAAGGAUACAGCCUAUUCGAGACUGUUUGGGUGACAGCACCGAGUGGGAUGCACUGGUUCGGCAGUGUUUCUUUGAGAUGGUGGACUUGACUGCUUACUACAGGUCAGGAGCUGGGAAUCGCAGCGUGAAAAACUACAGCUGCUACAGCGUGUGCUGUGCUGAGGUGGAGCUGGACGUUCUGACGGGUCAGUACCAGGUGCUACAGGUGGACUACUUGUGUGACAGCGGCGUCAGCCUGAACCCCCGCCUGGACCUGGGCCAGCUGGAGGGAGGGUUCAUGUUGGGCUGUGGCUUCUUCCUGCUGGAGUCGAUGACCUUUGAACCUGACAGUGGACGUGCACUGAGCACAGGCACCUGGACUUACAAGCCACCAAUGGCCAAAGAUCUCCCCAUCAAGUUCAACGCCAAGUUCUUGAGGAAUUCUCCCAACCCAGUGGGAGUUCUAGGCUCAAAAGCUGUUGGCGAGACCCCAGUAGCCUCGGGGGCGUGUCCGCUGUUUGCACUCAAGAGAGCCGUGGAAGCUGCCAGGUCGGAUGUAGGCAUGACGGAGUGGUUUCCCAUGG